AGCAGCAACAGGCGGCUCCCGCAGGAGCUUCAGACAACGGUACCUGGAGAGGAGUUAUAAUCCCACAACAUCCCUCCAUCAGUCCGAACGCUAGCUCCUGACCCUGACUACAACCCCCUCCCCUGUGGCUGGAGUAAUUUGUGGAUUGCACCCUUGAACAUGGUCACCACUGAGCCCCUGGAGAUUGACAGCUGCCAGUUGAUGCACUUGUUGGUGGAGGCUCAGAUGCGCCCCCUGGUGCUGGACUGCCGCUCCUUCCUGAACUUCAACGCCUCCCACAUUCGGGGCUCCCACAAUGUCUACUGCAACUCCAUUGUCAAGCGCAGGUCCAAAGGUGCCAUCACCCUGGAAUGCAUCCUGGCCGAGGAGAGCGUCCGCGCUGGCCUGAGGGGCGGCCGCUACCCCACGGUGGUGGUGCUGGACGAGAGGAGCCUGGGUUUCGCCUCGCUGACCGGUGACCACAUGGAUAAGCUGGUCCUCAGCACCCUCAUCUCUCAGCUGGAUGCCCACAGCGUCCGCACCUACUUCCUGAAAGGAGGUUACGAAACCUUUCACUCGCUGUUCCCUGGCAUGUGCACACAGAUUGCCAAGCCUUGCCCAGAGGGGAGCCCUGGUGAAGCUCCAGCUUUCCGAUCCAUGCCAUUGUGCGAUCGGGGCGGCCCAGUAGAAAUUCUGCCCUUCCUGUACCUGGGCAGUGCCUACCACUCCUCUCGCAAGGACAGCCUCCAGUCUCUGGGCAUCACCGCCCUCCUCAACGUCUCGUCUACCUGUCCCAACUACUUUGAGAGCACCUUCCAGUACAAGUGCAUCCCGGUGGAAGACAGCCAUGUGACCGACAUUAGCGCCUGGUUCCGGGAGGCCAUCGACUUUAUCGACUCGGUGAAGAGCAGCGGAGGCCGGGUCUUGGUCCACUGCCAGGCGGGAAUCUCCCGCUCGGCCACUAUCUGCCUGGCGUACCUGAUCCACACUCAGCGGCUCCCCCUGGAGGAGGCCUUCGACUUUGUCAAGCAACGGCGAGGGGUCAUCUCGCCCAACCUCGGCUUCAUGGGGCAGCUGCUGCAGUUCGAGACCGAGGUGCUGUGCCGCUGAGCGGAUUGGGCGGUGGGACGGAGGCGGAGGGUUGAGACGGCCAACCCCUUCCGGAAGUUUCCGGCCGCGGCCUUCGAUGGCCACCUCUCGACACGUUGCCGCCCGCUCCCCAAACUCCGGGCCUUGCUUUGCGUUGACGCAGAAGCCUCCUGUCCGUUUCCACCGACGGGGUCGGGACCAGCCAGGCGCUAAUUCCCCAGUCCCCGCAACGCCGCCUCCCUGUGGUGGGGACUGGGAAAAACAUUCUGACCACCCGCACUGCCUGCUCUCCAGAGCUCAGGCUCCCUGAGGAGGGGGGUUGGAAAACAGUUCAGGGAAAGCAUCUGAGUGACUUUGGACUGUGUAACUGGGCAGCUGCCUCACCACGCGACAGAAAAUGUGACUUGUUUCUCUGUUUUAAGGGAAAACCUACCUGCUAAUUUCCUCUUGAAAGGAAAGUACUUUAUAGAGAGAGAGAGAUAUAUUUUUUUCAGAUUCCCUGUUUUGUAAUUGUCAGAAGGUGCACAUUAUCCAGAUGAAUUAUUUAUUGCGUUUUUUGAUAAAUAAAGUUUGCAAUAUUUUGUUGAA